AUGCCCUCGACGUUCAACAAGGAAGGAAAGGAUUGGGACACCCCAGACAUCGACAAAUGGGCUAUCGACGAGUUCAAGGCCGAUGACAACGCAGGAGGAACUUUUGCGGAAGAAUCAUCCUUCGUUGUUCUCUUCCCCAAAUACCGAGAGAUAUAUCUUCGCCAAAAUUGGUCGAUAGUCACGCGAGCGCUCGAGAAGACAGGCAUCGCCUGUACGCUGGAUCUCAUAGAGGGGCGCAUGGAAGUUAAGACUACUCGAAAAACAUUUGACCCUGCAGCCAUCCUCAAUGCGCGAGACCUCAUCAAGCUGUUGGCUCGGAGCGUGCCCGUCGCACCCGCUCUCAGAAUAUUGGAAGACUUGACCGCAUGUGAUAUCAUCAAGAUCAGAAGCCUUGUCAGAAACAAAGAGAAGUUCGUCAAACGGCGGCAACGACUACUAGGUCCGAAUGGAAGCACUCUCAAGGCACUGACACUUCUGACGGACUGUUCGUAUAUUCUCGUCCAGGGCUCGACGGUCGCAGCCAUCGGACCCUACAAAGGCCUCAAGACCGUGCGACGGAUCGUCGAGGAUACAAUGAACAAUGUCCACCCAAUCUACGCUAUCAAAGAGCUGAUGGUGCGUCGCGAACUCGCAAAGGAUCCUACGCUGGUGAAUGAGAGCUGGGAUCGAUUUCUGCCCAACUUCAAGAGCAAGUCUUUGAACAAGAGAUAUGUCCCGCACAAGAUCAGUGAGAAGAAGAAGAACUACACGCCGUUUCCACCUCCACAAGAGAAAUCCAAGAUCGAUCUUCAGAUCGAGAGUGGUGAGUAUUUCCUGGCAAAGCAAGCCAAAGAGAGAGCGAAAGAGCAGGAGCGCAAAGAGAAGCAGAAGGAAAGGAAGGCAGAGAAGGAUCUGGAGCGCGCACAGGCAUUCGUGGCGCCGAAGGAAGACCGAAAACGGAAACGAACAGAUGGCGAGGAGCCCGUCAAGCCCAAGAAGCACAAAAAGAAGCCGGUUGCUGAAGUGGACUAG